AGGAGGUUGAAUGUACGCUUCUUCUCAACCUGUGUUUGUGACUGAUCAGUGCCGUUCCAAAAGCGAGAAAUCCGAUAAUAUCGACCUCGCUAAAACUGUUCUAAGUUACGUGACGAUUUGGCAAUGAAAUAAUCCACGGGGUGUGCGAAAAUUCCCAAGUGAAAUAGUUGUUUCAGUUUUCGUGUGGUUGUGAGUUGCUACAAGAAUGAGGCGAGGGUGUAUAGCAAGGAGAUAGCAACACUUGUGCAACACUAGCUCUCACAUGGGCUAGAUUAACAAGGCUUGUGUCUGCGUACUUCAUUAUUUUGGCGACUGGCAUGUGGCGCGUGGCAUGGACGACGCUCUUCGCAACGCUAAUCGGCGUGGGAGGCGCAGGGCCGGGCACCGAGGGGCACCCCGAAGGCCCCGGCACUGCCCACCCGUCCUACCUCAACGCCUCCGAAGACACCACCAGCGUCAACCGCAGCAGUAAGCCCGACAGCAGUUCAAGAGCGUCAGCAGCUUCGAUGAGGACCUGCGCUGAGGCGAAAAUCAGGUGUGCGCUAAGGAGUGGCUGCGGAAUGGCCCUCCAGAAUUACAUGCUGGGCUGCGCUGAUUUGAUGAGCGGGAGGAUUGACUACUGUGAUGAGUACUGCAAGAAUGCCCUCAUUGCUUUGACCUCCACGGAAGAAGGGCAUGAUCUUAUGGAUUGCGCGUGUGGCAACGCGUACUGCCGCGAGACCAAAGCGAGAAUCGAAGUGUGCCGGGAGGAGGUGCUCGCGGCGAACGCAGACACGACGGUAGUUUCCUGCAACGUCGCCCACUGGAUCUGCGCCGCCGACACCUCCUGCUCCACCGCCAUUAGCUACUACGAUAGCCUGUGCAGGAGGAUGUUCAUCGGGAAGGGGUGCAGCUACCGUUGCAACAACAGCAUAUCCAUCUUGCAACGGCAGGAGAAGGCGGCCAAGCUGGAGACGUGCGUGUGUGACGGCACUGAGCCCUUCGACUGCGAGGGCAUCAAGAGGAACAUGGCACGCCUCUGCUUCCACGAAUUCGACGAAGAGGAAAUGGAGAAAGAGGAAGAGGAGACGAACGAAGUAGAUACGACCUCCGUGUCCAAGGCGAGGUUGAACUCCUCGGCGGGAAUCCACAGCGACGGGCACGUGCUGUGGCUCACGACCGUCGCGUACGCCCUCAGUGCCUCCGUCGUGCGGUGGGGCGGGGCUGGCAGUUAGACACACCAACACCUCCAAAAAUGGGUGAAGACGGCCGGCGCUCCUACGUUAGCCUCCUGCCGAAGGAUUGGGGUUCCUACAGGAGCGGGGAAGGGAAACUACAAAGGAACCCGACCCCAUUCCCCAUGAAUCCUCCUCGGUCAACAAUAUCUACAAAGAAACUACCCGUCCAGCUCUUCUUUUGAUUUCACGGGUUGCCUACUACACGGGUUUCCGCCAUUGCUUUGUCCGUGUCUGUGUAUACGGCCAGAAAACCCCCGUCCACGUUUUUGUGUUAUUGUUAUUGUUAUUAUUAUUAUUAUUAUUAUUAUUAUUAUUAUUAU